AUGGAGACGAUUCAGCUGGCGCAGAUGCUAGCUGACCUCAGCGACUUGAACGCAGCCGAGCCAGAGGCCGCGGCCGCCCUUGUCAACGUCAACAAGACGGUGACGCACCAGAGCGCAAACGGGACCACGACGACAACAACAUCAACUACUUCUAUGACCACGACGACGACGACAGCGCCCGUGAUGCCCAAGACGCACGAGAAUCGGCACCACCAGCGCGUAGCCUCCGCAUCCGCAGCCGUAAACCGCACCGCCUCUCCCGCCAAAUUCGACAACUUCGGGCGUAGACUGCUCAGUCCUCCCCUGACACGGACAAACUCGGCCCAGGGCUCUAUUCCAGGCACGCCCAGAAGGGGGGACUCAGAGCCUGAUAGCGAUGUCGAUCGAGCCUCGGCCUUCAUGGCACUGUACGAGAUCCGAGCGAAGCUGAAGCAGCAAGACAACACCAGCCUGAUGCGGGCGCGGGAGCAGGUCGCUGCCAUGGCGGCCAAGCAGCAACAGCAACAGCAGACGGCCAGCAUGGAACGGCGUGACCACAUGGACGCUCGACAUUCGCGAUACACCUUCCCGAGAGCCUCCUGA